AGGGCCAAAGGGUACUCAUCUACUAGACAAAACCUGCCUUAGAUCCCCCCCACCAACUUUACAAAAAAAGAGCCAUAACCCUAUUUCCUGGAAGUACCCACUCGCUACUUGCCUUGCUACAUUCAUGCACCAUUUCCUUUCAAAAUCUCCAUCUUUAACUUAAAAAAAUCCACUUCAAAUUCCCCAUAAUCUUCAUUGCAAACUUUCAUUAGCGAUGAAUGGGUGUUCAUCAUCAACAUCAUCAUCCGAUACAUCCUCAUCGGAGUCAUCAAGGAUCAAAGGUCCAUGGAGUGCUGAAGAAGAUCGGGUUUUAACUCGUCUUGUUGAACGAUACGGUGCUUGGAACUGGUCAUUGAUAAGCCGAUACAUAAAGGGUCGCUCAGGGAAAUCGUGUAGGUUACGGUGGUGUAAUCAGCUCAGUCCUAAUGUUGAACACCGUCCAUUUACAAAAGCGGAGGAUGAGACUAUAUUGGCUGCUCACUGUGUUUAUGGUAAUCGGUGGGCUACUAUUGCUAAGUUGUUGCCGGGGAGGACAGAUAAUGCUGUGAAGAAUCACUGGAACUCGACGUUGAAGAGGAGAAUAAGGGAGCAAAAAACGGAACAGAAGGGAUCUGUGGUGGUGGAUGAGGAGGAGGUGUUGACGGCGUUGACUCUUGCGCCACCGGGGAGUGGUGGGGGGUUGACGGUGGAGGGGAGGAGAGAAGAGGAAGUAACGGCAGAGUUUUGGGAUGCGAUGAAGGGUGUGAUUGCUAGCGAAGUUAGAGACCAUAUGAGCUCUACAUUAUCAAGCAACACAUCGAAGCUUCAUUGAUGAAAAUAAAGCCGAAUAUGAAGACUUGAGAAGCCAUGGAAGAAGCUUCCAACUUUCAGCUAAUGCAUGAUCAAGAUCGGGUGGAAAAUCGAGAAAAAUGAGAAAAUUACCAAAAUGCCCCUGAACUUUGGUAUCUCUACAAUUUAGGCAGGGUUGCCAGGUUAACUCGGGUUGAAGGCCGUCAGAGAUAUUAUCACAUUGUCAAGUCUACGCUAUCGGCGUAAGUAAAUCUUAGUGUUUCGAGUCUAUGACAUGUAUAGGGUUGUAAAGUUGAGUAAGUAAAUGAUACAAGACUAAGAUAUUGGUAAAUAUUUAAUAAUGCCUCAUGAAUAUUUUGGGCCUUGUAAGCCCGAUUAAAGGAUAAUAUACGUGUGUAUGAAAAGUUUAAAAUUGAUCAAAAAUUUUUACGGUCUGGUUUUAUAUAAA